AUGGAGGGUGUUCCACCUGAUUUGGAACCCGACGUAAUAAUGAAAAAAAAAGGAAAAAAUGCGAAGUCGAAGAAUAAGCUCAAAUUCGUUCUGGAUGCUGAUUCCAAUCAAUUGAAUGAUCCAUUGAAAGCUAAAUCGGUCACCUCACUUGUCAAUAAGUUUGAAUCUGAAGCUAAUCCGAUCACUUCUAAAAUCCCGUCUGAAGCUGGUAAUUCCGAAAAUUCUAAAUUGGUUAGCAUGGUUUUAGAUUCUUCUCCUGUUGUGAAAAAUGAAGCUAUUCUUCCUAAUUGUUCGAAUCUGAAUACGCUAAUUGCUCCUGAUGUUGCUAAUUUGAAAAAUUAUGUUAGUCCCUGUUCGUUUAAUACCGAGUGCACCUCCCCUUCUAUAAUUCUUCAUGGCUCUGUUAAUUCUAUUAAAGAAGAGGAGGAUUCAAUUGAUGGUUUAAGUCAACCAGUUAUCGAAUUUGAGAAGGAUAUUGCUCAAUUUUGUGGCCCUAGAGAGAAAAAUGCUAUGAUGGUUUUUUGGAAUGGAUUAUCUGUAAGUGAAAAAGAAGGAUUUGUUCAUGGAUUGAGGUUUACGAAGAAGAAAUAUAACAGUGGUAUUGAAGCUGAUGAUGACAUGGUGGAUUCAAUUGACGAUGUAAAGAAGAUCUCCAUGGUUAGUCAAAGGAAUGAGGUGCUGUUGAAUUGGAAAGAUCUUACCGAUAAGAAAAAAGAGAAAAUUAUUCAAAAACUCUGUACUAGUAAAGUUAAAAAGCAGGUUGAAGCUAAUUUUAGGAAGAAUCGUAUUCCAAUUAAGCCAUCUUCUUCACUCUUUCCUUCCUCGGUUAGUAUGAAGAAAUCCUCUGAUUUUGAAGCUUCUGAUGGUCUUCAAAAAGUUGGUGAAACUGUGAGUAAUCUUUUUCUUGAAGGAGUUCCUAAUUUGAAUUUGAAUGAGCCAGUGAUUGUUGAUCUUCAAAAUAUCUGCUCUUUGCAAACUGUGGUUAAAGAAAAGAAAGAGAAAAGGAAAAUUGAAAUUGAUGAUAUGGUGAGUAGACAGCUGGAACAAGUGUGCAAUGAGAUUAUUUAUCACUUUCCCAGGAAGUUCAAUCAUAUUGAUACUGUUAAAAAAGGUGAGUUUAAUUUCAAUUAUGUUGAUCCGGAUGAUAAGGGUAUUAAUGUCCAAAUGGCGGUUGAUGAAGAUGAGGAAAAUAAAGGAAUCAUCCGGAAUAGUAAUGGUGGGCUUCUUAUCACUGAAAAUAUGCUGGAACAAAUGAAGAAUGGGGAAUUGAAGAACAAGGUGAAUUUGACUAUUCCUAUAACUCCUUUGGAGGAAUCGAAUGCAAAUGAACCUGUUUCGUAUGCUGAGAAAGUAAGUGGAAAGAAGCUCAAUGCUGCUAAUCUUAUCACUAAGGUUAAGAAGAAUGUGGAUCUUCCGGAUGGAGUGGUGGAAAUGCCAAUAUGUGAUAUUCUUAAAGGAUGCAGCCCUUUUAAGACCACUCUUUAUGGAUAUUUCAUUGACAAACAUGUUAAUUUCUUUAAUGUUAACAAGUUUGCUCAUAAUAUGUGGAAAAAAUAUGGAUUAGAAGAGGUGAUGGUAAAUGAUGAAGGGAUUUAUUUUUUCAGAUUUAGUACUGAACAAGGAAUGAUUUCUAUGUUGGAGGGUGGAGUAUGGAUGAUUUUUGACAGCGCUCUUGUUGUUAGAAGAUGGACUACUGGUGUGAGUUCGGCUAAAGAUCAACAUGACAAAGUUCCUGUUUGGGUAAAGAUUUAUAAUGUUCCUCUUGAAUAUUGGAAUGGAACAGGGAUGAGUCACAUUGCUUGGGAGAUUGGAAAACCACUGGAUGUUGAUGCCCAUACAGCAAAAAUGUGUCAAGAGCAUUGGGGAAGACCGGCCUUCAUGAGAGUUUUAAUUGAAAUGUCCGUUGCUAAAGAAUGGAUUAAGGAAGUUCAUGUGUAUUCUUCGGAUCUUACUACAGGUGAAAGAAUUCUGUCAAAAUGUAAAGUCGAGUAUGCUUGGAAUCCUUCCAAAUGUUCUCAUUGCAAGGUUUAUGGGCAUAAAGAUAGUAAUUGUGGAAUUCUUCUUGCUAAGGAGGCCAGUGAUUUAGUGAAUCCUAAAUCUGAUGAUCAAAAAAAGGAUGGUAUUAAAGUCGACCUGAUGGAGGUUCUUAUUGCGAGUACUAAAAAAGUUGAAGAAGACAAGGAUGGGUUUCAAACUGUGGUUAAAAGGAAUAAGGGAAUAAAUAUGGGUGAAAAGAAUAAGGAAGGAUUAGGGAACAAAAAUCAGAAUUUUUUUCAAGGGCAAAAUGGGAAAAACCAAGGAAAUGGAAAGAAUAUGGCUGGAAAUUCUGUUGGAAGUCAGGGGUAA